UCUCUCUCUCUCUCUCUCUCUCUCUCUCUCUCUCCCCCUCUCUCUCUCUUUCUCUCUCUCUACACCGCCCACUCCACUCAUCGCCGCCUCGCCGGCUUCACCACAUCGCCGCUGCCCCUUUUCUACAUUUUUUUAAAGGGAGAACAAACCGCACAUUUUUUUUUAUUUUUUUGGGGGGGACCAGAAUUUAAAAAAAAGACUCACUCACAAUGGCGAGCACCGAGGAUAAACCAGCCAACAAGGAGAACACGUCCAGCUGGAAGGACUCCAUCUACAACCCGAGGACCGGGGAGGUGCUGGGUCGCACGGCCAGCAGCUGGGCCCUCAUCCUGUUGUUCUACCUGGUGUUCUACUGUUUCUUGGCUGGUAUGUUCGCCCUGACCAUGUGGGUGCUGCUGCUCAGUUUGGAUGACUACGUGCCGAGAUACCGAGACCGCGUUCCCUUUCCAGGAUUGGUGAUUCGUCCAGAUUUUCUGGACAUGGCAUUCAACAAAUCUGACCCGCUGAAGUAUGCACAGUAUGUCCAACAUCUGGAAUCCUUCCUGCAAAGAUAUAACGACACAGAGCAGGAGAAGAACGAGGAAUGCGCUCGAGGAGAGUAUUUCUUGCAGGACAACACCGAGGACAUGACAAAGAAAGCUUGUCGCUUCAAGAGGAGUUUCCUGAGUCUCUGCUCCGGCCUCUCUGACACCAGCUUUGGAUAUUCUGAGGGAAAACCCUGCGUGCUGCUGAAAAUGAACAGGAUCAUCGGUCUGAAGCCUCGUGGGGAUCCUUACAUCAACUGCACAUUAAAAAGAGACGGCCCAAUAUCAAUGCAGUAUUUCCCCAGUGAGGGACGUAUUGAUAAGAUGUAUUUCCCCUACUACGGCAAGAAAGCCCAUGAGAAUUACACACAGCCCUUGGUGGCUGUGAAGCUGCUCCUCACCAAGGAGGACUACAAUAAGGAGCUGACGGUGGAGUGCAGGGUAGAGGGCUCUGACCUCCGCAACAACGACGAUAGGGACAAGUUCCUGGGCCGCGUCACCUUCAGGAUCAAAGUGGUCGAGUAAAAGAGAAGACGGCGAGUAAAAAAGGAAACCCAAUGCAGAGGCUGCCAAUGUUUGCUAAGGAGUUAUGUUUAAAAAUAAAUUAAAAAAUGGGGGGAAGGAAGUGUCAAACACGUCACAAAGACGACAUUUUAGGGGGGUGUGACAGUUUGAUGCAGAUUAGAUCAGAUAUCGAAUGUUGUUUUGAUGACAUUUCUGACACUUCAUUCCUGACCUCCUCAAAGAUCCUCAGAACAAGACACAGGCUCUGCUCCUCAUCUAAACCCAUCCAUCCAUCCAUCCAUCCAUCCAUCCAUCCAUCCAUCCAUCCACCCAUCCAUUUAUCCUUUUAUCCACCCGUUGCACUGUUCAUUUGUCACUCAGUUUAUCUUUUUGUUAUCGUUAUUUUUAGCAUUGAUGUGAUUAGAUAACUUAUAGCCAUCGCGACUGAUGCCAUUUGGAGCUGUUGUGUAAUUGCUGAUACAACUUUUUUGAAAUGUUUUUUAGAUCUUCCUGCUGACAGGAAGAGAAGUGUUGUUUUCAUCUCUCCAAACUGUAUGAACGACUGUAUUAUCACUGGUGUUGAGAGGAUUUUUAUCUUGCUGUAUAGUACAAUUGAGAAAGUAGAACAUCUCCAACACAUCUCCAGAGUAUUCACAUUAUCACAUCGCAAAGACUUCAUAGGAACGUAUCUUGAUAAUCAAGUAUAGUCACUGUAUCCCUGUAUAUUAAAUGCCAAUUACAAAGUCCCUUUCUACAUAUAAAUACAUUGUGAUCCUUACCAUAUUUAGGGAAUUAUAGAUAGAUCUUUGUGUUGUGGUCCACGUAGCCACAACCCAGUCUUGUGCUGUCUGUCUGUCUGUCUGUCUGUCUGCAUGUCCGUCUGUCAGUCUGUCCGUCUUCCUGUUUACUAACCUCUCCACUGCAAUAGCCAAUAUUGUGGGAGAGCCGUCCAGGACUAGUUAAGUUGUCUCGCUCCACCUCGCAAGGGUGCUGCGUAUUGAUGGUGGCUGAGGCAACAAACAAACACACACACACACACACACACACAAACAUACAAAAGGUACAGUGUAAAAACUGCUUUAAAGGCGGACAGGUGCUGGAAAGCGUUGCAAGAAUAAAAAGUUCACUGUAACUAUGUACUGCAUAUCUUUACGUGAUCUGUAUAUCUAUCUGGGUCUCAAAGAUUGUUUGUUAGUUUUCUCUCUUCUUCAGCCUGUUGAUCUGAUUGUCUGCCAAUCUAUUACUCUUCAAUGUAUAUAUAUAUACACUAUCUACCAUAUUUACUUAAUUCACACUGUAUUUUUGUCACAAAACACAAUGUCUGUGCACUGUAAAGAAAUAAUUUAAGCAAAGAUUUACAGGAAAUUAUCUUAUUCAAAGCUAUGUUUACACAGUCUUAAAAGGAACCCACAUCUGAAAGAACAACUUGUAACAUCUCUUCAGGGUGCCUUAAGACCUGAUGAAAUAAAUUGUGGAAUAAAAGUGAUUUUGAAGAAAAAAA